GUCGAACCCAGUCAUUCUUCGUCCCCCGCUUCCGCAUUCUCAUUUUGCUCUUAUAGCAGCUCUGCCAGCUCUUGUUCUCUCUCGAACCCCCAUCAUCUACGUCCGCCACUCGAGUCCCCUUUCGAUAUCUUCACCCUGUCCUCAUAACACAUAACCAUAUCCUCAAUGGAGGUCUUCAAGUCGCUCGUGCAGCCCUUUGUGGGCAACGUUGCGAGUAACUCUGUCGUCGAUGGCAUGAAGCUGGUCGUUCUCGGUGGGACCGUCGAGACUGCAAGACGCGUCUCCAGCUCAGCUUGGUCGUCCUUUGUGAACUCCUUCUUUCUCACGGCACACUUCUCCGAAGAAGACUACCCAUACGACUGGCUCAUGCUCUGGCUCUCACGUCGCCCUGAGUGGCAACGAUCCCGAGAGUUCGAGACGACAACAAGCUCGUCGUCUCAAGGACAGUAUGGGUAUCGUGGAGGUGAAAACGCCUUUGGUGAGGAGGACGGCGAGGAGGAAGAUGCACCCGGGAAGGCUCGGGUCAGAGUAGUCUUCCAGCCAACAAUGGAUACGACGCAUACGAUCUUCUACCGCGGGCAUUGGCUGCGCGUGAAACGAGGCAGGAAGGGUCACUAUAGUGGCUACGACACGUUAUCCAUUAGCGUCGUCGCAAGAAACAACUCAGUCCUCAAGCAGCUUGUUCUGCAAGCCAAGAAGGAGUAUGAAGCUGAAGCCGUCCACCGCAUCCAGAUCUAUUUCGCAGACUCCUACGGAAGCUGGAGAUGGACAGACUCGCGUCAUAAGAGGCCGAUGUCUUCCAUCGUCCUCAAUCCCGGCGUUAAAGAGAUGCUCGUGGCGGACACGCACGACUUCCUGAGAUCCGAAAAGUGGUAUGCGGACCGUGGGAUUCCAUUCCGGAGAGGAUAUCUCCUAUAUGGUGUGCCCGGUUCGGGAAAAUCGUCUCUGAUCCAUGCCAUCGCUGGCGAGCUAUUGUUGGACAUCUACGUCGUGUCUUUGUCAUCAUCCUGGAUCAACGACAGCACAUUAACGACGCUGAUGGGUCGCGUACCCUCACGUUGUAUCGUGCUCCUCGAGGAUCUCGACGCGGCCUUCACUCGCUCAUUGACUCGAUCUGACAAGAAAAGUGACAAGUCUGGUGAGAAGGACAAGGAAAAGAAGGGCUCCGACAAUGAAGAGGAAGACUCAGGGUCGAGCCACAGGCACCGCAGGAGACAUAAGGAGAACAUCUCCGACACCAACACGUUGACGUUGAGUGGACUCUUGAACGCGCUGGAUGGUGUCGCUGCUUCUGAGGGUCGUAUACUCUUUGCCACAACGAAUCAUCUCGAGCGUCUGGAUCCCGCGCUUUGCCGUCCGGGCAGAAUGGAUGUCUGGGUGGAGUUCAAAAACGCCUCACGCUGGCAAGCGGAACAUCUGUUCCGCAACUUCUUCCCAUCGUCGGAUGCAGACUUACCGAGCAAUAACCCAUCAACUAUCAACCUCGAGGCUGAGGCGAACAAGCUCGAGCUCGAGGGCUUGGACAUCCCUAACACACCCGCGUCGCCCGCAUCUAGCACGUUCAGUUCGCUAUUCUCCGAUGCAUUCACUGGUAUCUCCUCUCUGUCCGGCUCUGGUUCACCCUCGAUCCCGUCAUCUUCCCCUUCAUCAUCGCCUUCCAGGGCUGGGAGAAGCAGAACCGCAAGCACAGCCACGCCACCCAAGACGAACGAGAAGACCGAGAGCCACCUUCCACCGGCCGUGGAGGAACACAUCGCUGCGUGCUCGCAUUCAGCACCACCAUUGAGCGGGGCGAGGUUGGCGGAAUUGGCAAAGCAGUUUGCGGAAGCACUCCCCGAUGAGGAGUUCAGCGUCGCCGCGCUGCAAGGCUAUUUGUUGAAGAACAAGUCUAGACCAGAGGCGGCAGCGUCGGAGGCUGCAGCUUGGGUUGUCACCGAACGCGCGCUGAAGGAGAAGAUGAAGAAAGAGAAGGAGGUCAAGGAAAAGGAGAGGAAGGCACGAGAGGAACGUGAAGAGAAGGAAGAGCAGGAGAAAAAGGAGAAGGAGGCGGCCGCUGUCGCAGCCGCCGCCAUCCUCGCUGCUGCGCAGACAGCCCAAGCUGUUGUCUCGCCUUCCUCUUCCUCUGAGACCGCCGUCGUUGAGGUCGUCAACGACGAAAACACUCCUCCGGCCCCUGCCACCACGGCUACCGAGCCCGCGCAGGUACCUCCAUCUGAGUCUUCUUCCUCCGCCGCCUCAUCGGCACCGUCUGAGUCCGUGACCUCUGCGGAGCCAGAGACUGAGUCGAGCAGCGAUGAGGAGGGCGAAAGCGAGCACGGGUGGGUCGCGGCCACACCGGCGACAUGGGGAGAGCCCCCUCUUGAUUGACUUGAUGUUGAGCCUCUUUCUCCUGCCGCAGAUGAGUCUGAGCCGUCUGCGACUCCGAGUGAUGAUCACGCUGGUGCAUUGACUGUGCGGCACCGUGGUGGAUAUGGUGUGGCCAGCGCACGGCAGGUGCUCACGAUGCCGCUGUUGCCUGUGAUGCAUUCUGUCUUCAAAGUCUACUACGUUUUGGUUCAUCUGUAUGCUAUGGUUUUGAGGCUCAGCCCUUCGACCAGUGUUUCGGAGGACGGAAGUGCGGGACGUACUUAGAAUGUUCCCGUCUACCAUCACCCUCCCCAUUGUACUUAGUAUUCCUUCCCGCUUGUUUCUGGAUAUCUUGUUUUCUUUUUUCAAGUCUUGUCUUUCUAACGUCCGUCCCCGUCCGUAUAUUUUUUGUGUCGUCAGUGGGCGUACGAACAUCUUACUCUUCCUGUGCUAUAUGUUAUGACCCGUUCGUCUCUGUAUCAAUCGCUCGUCCUGCUUCACUUCCUUGUAAAUGCAUCUCUCCAUCCCAUGACUUUCUAUCUCAUUGUUUCACAAUCCCGUCUCAAGCUUGUCGAUACCUUUGCACUCCACUCCACUCCCGUCUCCGUUCCCAAAGCUUCCCAUUCCCCUAUCCC